AUGUCGACGGCCACGCAACCUCCCAAUGCUGCACCGCAGUCUGCGCGGCGGGUCCUCCCCUACAAAGACUUUCUGCAGCCCGCGCUGCAUAGACGGUUCUCUUCGACAGCCCUCGUUUUGCUGGCAAUUGCCUACGCGCAGUCCCUGGCGCUGUCUAGCUGGUCUGCAUGGCUCUGGGCAUGGUUCCCGCUCAGCGGCGCUGGCUUCCGCGCGCUCGUCAUCUUCUUCUGCGGCCUGGUGAUCAUCAUCCUACGAAUCGCCCAGUUCCACAUCGGCAUCCGCACGAGCAACUCACCCUUUGAGACGUUUCUCUACAACGCCGCCAAGCCCAAGACCGUCGAGACUGUGUUUUCCUACUGCCUCGCCGGCUGGCUCUACGGCCAAGUCUUCCGCUGGUCAGCGGCCGAGAGCGCCGCCCUCGGCUGGAUCACACACUAUCAGGGUGACCGUGCCCGACUCAACGAGCGCGCUCUCUACCUUGUCGUGCACGUUGUGUGCGUCGGUGCCGUCAACGCCGUGCUGCAUCUUUUCUGGGAUAGCGACCGCCUGCUGCUUGGAACGGCCCGGCCUGCGGCAGCCAGCGAUGGUAGCAACGGCGGCAGCAGCAGCGCUGCGGCCGGAAAGUCGUCACAGCUGUACCGCUCGUUGCUUGCGCAGCUGCCGUUCUUGAUCAUCUCCGCCUUUACACGCGCAAUUGUAGGCCUCGUGACGAGUGUGAUUGUCUACAACUUCUUCCUGCGGCCCAUUGCCUGGCGCUUCACGCUUGCCCUCUUCCGGCCUUUCUUCAGCCUCCCCAAGUCGUCGCUCCCGCCGUCAAUGAAGCCUUACUUUUCGACGUGGACCUACCUGCCGCGCUGCUUUCAGGCUGGCUUCCUGUUCACGCUGCUGGUCGUCGUUGGCAACGCUGCUUUUUCACUGUUUCUGGUCAAUGAGCCACUCAAGGACGGCAGGCCCCUGACUUCGGACUCCAAGGACCCCAACGGCAGCUUGUUGAACGGGCUGAAGAGCAAGAAGGACAAGAUCAAGGCGUUCUCUACGUGGGAGCUGGCCUUUAUCGCGCGCAACUUUCCCGACCGCCGAGUCGCCAUCUACACGGAUAUUGACCGCAAGGACGGCUCGACCUGGUCGCAGAUCUGCAAGCUGUGCCUGGAUACGAUUAAGACGCUGGAGAACCGCAUCGACCCACCGGCUCCCGCUGUGCCGGCACCGGCCGCCAGGAGCAGCGCGGACGACGCUGCGCCCGAAGCCAAGCGGCUCACCAAACCCGUCCGCAACGACCCCAACAUCCUGGUGGCUACGCCGCCGAAGAAGAAGACGUUCUCGAGCGAGAUGGAGAAGAUGGUCAACAAGGUCGCCAUCGACCCGCAAGACUCGCCUCGCCUGAGCCCGCUCACCAAGCAGGUGCUCCAGGACGCGCGCAAGCGGCUACAGGAUGUCCAGCGCGACAUUAGCGGCCCCGAGAACCCCAACAGCAGCCUGCAGAACACGGUUCGCCAGUUCUUGGCACUGCCUAUUGUUGGUUGGCCGUUCCGCCUGCGGUUCCAGAACCGCAUCACGGCGGCUGUUCUUGGCGGGCCCUACGGCGAACCGAGCGUGUACGUGAACGCUAUUAAUGCGCUUUGCCUUCUGGCCGUGCACAGUCUGCAAGAGGACAAGUUUGGUAAUGUGCAGCGGGACGUGGCCAUGAUUGUGCGCGAGUUUACACGCGUGACGCGCAAGCUGGAAGGCUUCAAAGCCUCCUACCCGCUGCACUGGACAGAUGUGGAGGCAGAACGUGUGUGUCCCGAGGUGGACGCUAUCUUGGACGCAUUCAAGGACAGCCUGACCGAUCUCAUUGCGAGUUUUGGCCAGUACAGCCGCGACCUGCGACUCUCGCAGACUGACAUGCGGCUGGCUGAAGAGGCGGCCACAGCCGGGCGUGAAUCGCAGGAGGAGCCUCAGCCAGAUGAUGGGGAUGAUGCCAACCCCGAGAUGGCCGAAUUACGGUCAUAA